GCACCACUGCAACAUAUCCUUCCACAAUUUGCACCAUUUUUUUUAAAGUAGAGUUGGACAGAUUUAGUGCUGCUGCGAGUGUGCAGUGUUUGGGUUUGUGUGUGAGGAAGCAGUGUGGUUGUCAGCUCAGAGGUGUCAGAGCUGAAACACUUCCUCGUCCUUUUUCACUCUCAUCACACCGACCUGCAGAGAACAUCAACGGCUCACAGUCAACCUCAGCGCAGACUGACCUCACAUGUGACACACUGACUUCCCAUCAUCUUAUUUGACUUUUAUCUCAGUUAAAUAAAUAGUGUGAAGCCUGUGUGGGAUGUUAAGAAGCACUGGUGGAAAUUAUAAAAUCUGAUAACUUUGACUUUGGGUGUAGAGUAAUUCUUCCUGCCUUCUGAGUGAUGCCUCGUUCAUUUUUGGUGAAACGAGGAGGGCUGCACCACCUUGGAAAAAAAGCAGGGUCCUGGGAUACAUCCCUGGGGUACUCCACAGCAGAAAUACAAGGUGAUAGUGCAGUGCCAGUCGCAUUACUGCAGCAGGACCUUUCCACUUCCAACCACUCUAAUGGCCACCUUCAGCCAUUCAGUCCCAAAUCUUAUGACUGUAGAUCUGCCGAGCUAUGCAGUCCCAUCAACUCAAAUACUUUUCGCCCUGUCGAGAAAGUCGAGUCUCAGUCUCCCACAGCAGCGGUAUGGUCCAGACCUCCUGUGAGCUCAGGACAUCCAGGAAAACUGUCUGUGGGACUGGUAGACUUCAGUCAGCACCCUCACUUCCUGAGGGAGACCAGGAGCAGUGGCUGCUCUAAGAUCAGUGCUCCGAGGCAAGAGUGUCCGCUCUGUAGCAAAAUAUUUUCCUGUCUGUCAAGUUUGAAGACUCACAUAUGCAAGAGUCAUGGGAGCAGAGUACCAGCACACAUCAAGUCCAGUAGGACAGAUACUGCACGGUCGCCAUGCAGGGGCAAGGACAGGACAUUUGGCUGUACAGUGUGUGGGAAAGUAUUCAAGCGUUCUUCCACCCUCUCCACUCAUCUGCUCAUACAUUCAGACACGCGACCAUACCCCUGCCAGUACUGUGGCAAAAGGUUCCACCAGAAGUCUGACAUGAAGAAACACACCUUCACACACACUGGUGAGAAGCCCCAUGUGUGUCAGAUAUGUGGAAAGGCGUUCAGCCAGAGCUCCAACCUCAUCACCCACAGCCGUAAACACAGGGAUGACCGGCCCUACCACUGUCCACGCUGCCUCUACGGCUUCCAGCACAAAGUGGACCUCCGGCAGCACCAGGAGCACCACUGCACCUACCGCUGACUCUAACACAGCCGAGUCAACAUGUUCUCUCAUGUUAGAUAUAGUGUUUUAUAUUUAUAUGCAUAAAGGUUACUAUUAUCUGUGAUUUGUUUGAAGGUCCAGUGUGAAGGAUUUAGGGCAUUUAUUGGCAGAAAUGGAACAUAAUAAAAUGAAUGUGUUUUCUUUUGUGUGUAAUCACCUGAAAAUAGGAAUGGUUGUCUUUGUGUUACCUCAGAAUGAGCUGUUUAUAUCUAGGCUACAUUAGGAGUUAGUCCUUGUCACUGGAGUCCGCUAUGUUGCACCACCAUGUUUCUAUCCCAGAACAGACAAAACAAACACAAGAUCGAGCCUUUCGCCUUUUCAUGUUGGCCACAGCAGCCCCUCUACGACAAGCCCAACACCAUCUGAUUCUUAUGUGAAACUGUUUUAUUCAGCGUUUUCACCUGUUUAAAUCAGUAGCCUGUUUAUUUUGAAGAAAGGGAGACCUCUGCAGAUCAUUCAGCUCCAAGUAAAACUUCUGUAACAUCUGAGGCCGUAUUCACAAACAUUCUGAGAAAACUCUAAGAGAGCUCCUAAUUAAGCCUAAAAACAUUAAGUUAGGAGUCCUAGCUAAGGAGUGAUUUAGGGAUAGUUCUCAGAGCAACUCUGUGCAAGGAAGGGACAGAAACUUCAGUGGGAUAGUGUGGUUGACCCCGUUGCUAGGUGUAAUGUAUUCUCUUAACAGGUGUGAUUGGUUGUCACAGACACACCCUUUAGUGAGCCUGCAAGGUGUGGACACCCAGUGGAAAUGAAAUGAACUGCUGACUGUAGACGUGUUAUCAUUGUUAGUGUGAUCACUCUACUGAUGGAAGGUUGAGACAGACUCAAGUCAUCACUGUUGCAUUUUUCCAGCUUCCCAAAUACUUUGCUAUUGUGAUCAUUUUAUUUCUGGCGUGAUAUAUCCCUAAUGACACCAACCACAAAUAUUAUCCCUGCAUGAUCUAAUCUGUAGCACCUCAUUUAGUCACUGACACCCAACGCUUGGAGAAUAUUUCUCUGACCUUUGUCUUUCCGCCAUUUUCUUUCUUAAGCCUCUUAAAAGUCCUCCUCUCUACUCCUAACAGUUUUACACCUUAAGAGCUCUUUUAAGGUCUUAGAUGCUCUGUGAAUAACUUUAAUCUUUACAAGGACCUAGUCUUAACUUUAAGCUUUGUGACUACAGCCCCUGGUCUGUUCAUUUUGGAGAGGAAGAGACCUCUGCAGAUAAUUUGGCUCCCGAUAAAGAUCUCCUCAACAAUGAGCACUGAAGGAAGGGGACAAAGGAAAGCUUUCCUAGGGCAAUGAAUGUGCUAGGUCAACACUGCUAACUGGGAGUUUACACUCGGCACAUGGAAAAAGUUUCAACUGCAUGCAAUCUGCAACCUCACCACUAAAUGCUACUAAAUCCUACACACUGCUCCUUAACUAAACAUCAUGUCACAAGCAGAAAUAAUGAACGGCCUUACUAAAGGUGAUUCAGUUUAUAAGAGAUGGGAAUUUUUCUGGGAAAUUUAUUUCCUCGUGAGAUCUGUCUCUACAGAUUAGUGAUCAUGUGAGGGCAGAAGCUGAUGUGCAGCUGAACUUUUACUUUCCCUUUACCACAGAUGUAACACUGUGGAAAAGGUAGCUUUGACACAGACUGGUGACACUGAAUGAUUUCAUUAAAUCUCUCUCUUUGAAAGCAGUGGAAAUUUUGCAGGCCAGUUACUGAAACCUGCGGAGGCAGUAUACAGGCUUUUAUUUACUUUCAACAUUACUCAGAGUAAUUGCAUGAACGAUAUUUUAUUUGUGAGUUUUUCCAACUUCA